CCCGCCCCGCCCGCGCCUGCGCAGUGCCCGUGGCGGCUGCACGCGGCGGCUGCCGGCACUGGCGGCUCCUGCGCUCCCCGCGGCGGCCCCGGCCCGGCCGCGCCGCAGCCCCCUCCCGCCCCCUCCCCGCGGGGCUCGCCGGUAUGAGCCCCCCGGAGCCGCCGGGCCGCGGCAUGCGGUUUGCGGAGAGCCAGCUGCGGCGGCACGGCUGGAAGCGAGGCAAAGGGCUGGGGAAGCGGGAGGACGGCAUCGCCGAAGCCAUCAGGGUGAAAGUGAAGUGCGACACCGCCGGGGUGGGCCACGACCCGGCGGAGCAGUUCUCCUUCCACUGGUGGGACCACGUCUUCAACAAGUCGGCUGCCAACAUCGCCGUGGAGGCCGGGCAGGAUGGCGUCUCCGUGAAGACACUUUCCGAGCAGGACGCCGGGAUCAGCAAUAAGAAGCCGCGCAAGGCCGGCAGCGCCGACGGCAUGCUCUACGGCCGCUUUGUGAAGGCGGCCACGCUUAUGGCACACGGGGAGGAGGCUGCGAAGCCGCCCACCGCCUCGGAGAGCAGCGAGGAGGAGGAGGAGAAGCUGGACCUCUCUUCGGCCAGGAGGCUGACAGACGAGGAGCUGAUCCGAGCCUGCGGCGGCCGCACGGCACACAAGGGUGCCCGGCACGGCCUGACGAUGAGCGCCAAGCUGGCCCGCCUGGAGGAGCAGGAACGAGCCUUCCUGGCCGCGUACAGGCAGAAAAAGGGGCUGCCGGAGACCCCGGAGAGCAGCCCCCCAGCAGAGAGGCAAAAGAAAGAGAAAAAGAAGAAGAAACAGUCCAAAGAGAGAGCCGACCCUGAGGCUGAGCAGAGCCAGGAGCCAAGUGGCGAAGAGAACACAGCAGAAGAGGAAGAGAAGGUCGCAAAGAGAAAGAAAAAGAAGAAAAAACGCAAAGAAUCAGUUGAGAGAGAGGAGAGCGAGGCAGAGGCACCUCUAGGAGAGGCAGACGAGCCAGACCACGCUGGGCACAGCCCCAAGAAGAAGAAGAAGAGGAAGAAGAGGCAACGGGAGGCAGAGUGAACGGGUGCCGGGGUUGCCGUGCUGCGGAGAUGCCGCUGCUGUCUGGCCGGGAGUGUCCUGAUCCGGCCUGUGGCACUUGCUGGUGCCGGUGGGAAUCCCAGGGUGCUCAAGAAGGGGCCCUGCACCUUGGACAAGCCCCGCAUUUGCUGCCUGGUGCUGUUUGUGGGUGCUGGGCGGUCUGGAGCUGAUCCGGGGGAAAACACCGGCUUUGUUUCACCCACUUGAACCUUCCUCCCAUCAAGGGCGACCUGGUCCUCACCAGGCCUCGGACUUCUCCCCUUUGCCGUGGGCCGCGUGGGUCCACUGCGGAGGGACACGAGGGGACAGACGCCGCAGAGCGUUGCUAUUUUUGAAGAACGUCAAUAAAUUUUUAUUGCAGAGAAACAA